AUGGAUAAGAGCUGGAUGAUGGAACAUAGGUUCUGUAACAAAUAUAUAGUGGGAGUUCGUUCAUUUAUGAAGUUUGUCCGUGAUAGUUUGGGAGGCGAGUGUAAAAUUCGAUGUCCUUGUCGAGAAUGUUUGAAUGUAUACACCUUAAGUCAAGAAGAAGUUGAGGACCAUUUGAUGUUGAUCGGAAUUAGUAUUAGCUACACUAAGUGGGUUUAUCACGGUGAACCGUCUAAUUCCUCUAACAAUAAUAGUCAUGGCUAUGAGAAUGAUAAUCAGACUAAUGAAAAUUGGGAUAAUGAAAUGGAAAAUGAUGAUGGGUUGCUUGAUAUGUUAGAAGAUUUGCAAAAUGGAGUAGCCAUGGAUGAUGGCACAAUAAGAGAAACUAAUAGGGUAGCUGAGAACAUAGAUGAGAUUAGUGCACUACUUGGAAAAGUUAUCGAUGAACUUUAUCCUGGUUGUUUGAAUUUCUCUACGUUAUCUUUCAUUGUCAAGCUUUUGCAUGUUAAGGUGUAUAAUCGUUGGAGUAAUAAAUCAUUUGAUAUGCUAUUGGGAUUGUUGAAGAAGGCAUUUCCUGAGGGUAAUAAAGUUCCAAAUUCUUAUUACGAGGCAAUUAACAUGCUUCGUGACUUGGGUCUUGGUUAUGAGCCAAUCCAUGUUUGUAAAUAUGAUUGUUCCAUAUUUUGGAAAGAGUAUAAGGACUACCAAAGUUGUCCAGUUUGUGGCACAUCUAGGUGGAAAAUUAAUAAAGGUCGUCAUUACAAGCAAAUCCCUUGGAAAGUCUUGCGUUACUUUCCACUAAAACCAAGACUUCAACGACUAUACAUGUCUAGAAAAACAGCUGAGGAUAUGAGGUGGCACAAAGAGAAACGGGUUGAUGAUGGAGUGUUGAGACACCCAGCAGAUGGUAAUGCAUGGAAGGAUUUUGAUAAAGAAUAUGAGUGGUUUGGAAAUGAAACCCGAAAUGUUCGACUUGGUUUAGCAACGGAUGGGUUCAACCCUUUCGGUAACAUGAGUACUUCUUAUAGCAUGUGGCCUGUGAUUGUUGUUCCAUACAAUUUGCCCCCUUGGAAGUGCAUGAAAGAGCCAUUUUUAUUCCUCUCAUUGCUUAUACCUGGACGAAAAACACCAGGGAAAGACAUAGAUGUGUUCUUGCGACCCUUAAUAGAUGAGUUAAAGGAGUUAUGGGAUACUGGCAUGCAGACAUGGGAUGCAGUUACAAAACAAAAUUUCAAUCUACAUGCAGUUGCUCUCUGGACAAUAAAUGACUUCCCUGCCUAUGGUGAUAUUUCUGGUUGGAGCACGAAAGGGUAUUUGGCAUGCCCUGUUUGUAACAAGGACACUUCAUCACGAAGGUUAAGGAGUAAAAUCUGCUACAUGGACCAUCGACGCUUUCUUCCUCAUGACCACAUUUGGCGUCAAAGUAGGAAAAUUGAUGGGAAGCCUGAAAGAAGAGAAAAGCCUCACCAAUUUUCUGGUAGUGAGUUGUUACAACAGUUAGAAGUGUUGCCAGAUUGCAAGUUCGGAAAGCAUCCAAAUAACAAGAAAAGAAAGCAUACUCCUGAAGAAUUGAAUUGGACUAGAAAGCCUAUUUUAUUUGAGUUACCUUACUGGUCAAAACUAAAGUUAAGACACAAUCUCGAUGUUAUGCACAUUGAGAAAAAUAUUUGUGACAAUAUAGUAGGUACUUUGUUGAAUAUCGAGGGAAAGACCAAAGACACAUUUAAGGCAAGGUUAGAUUUGCAAGAUUUGAAAAUCAGAAAGGAGUUACACUUGCAAAAAUGCCCUGAUGGGUCUUUUAUGAUGCCUCCAGCAUCUUACACGUUAUCAAAGGAGGAGAGGAAUGAAUUUUGUGAAUUUCUACAAUCUGUGAAGUUCCCAGACGGGUAUGCAUCCAAUAUCUCAAGGUGCGCAAAUAUUAGCGACGAAAAAUUAUCUGGAUUAAAAAGCCAUGAUUGUCAUGUCCUAUUACAACGAGUACUCCCUAUUGGAAUUCGUAAAUACUUACCAAAGGAAAUUUGUACAACAUUGGAUGAGUUGGCCCAUUUCUUCCAAAUGAUAUGCUGUAAAACUUUGAAACGCAAAGAUUUGGAGAUUUUAAAAGAAGACAUUGUCAUAAUUCUUCGUAAAUUACAAAAAAUCUUUCCUCCAGCUUUUUUUGACAUUUCAGUACAUUUAGCAGUUCAUUUACCAUUUGAAGCCAUGCUUGGAGGACCUGUCCAAUAUAGGUGGAUGUUUCCCAUUGAAAGGUAA